AUUACUGCGAAGCUCGUUUUCACUUUUUUUCCUUCUCAUCUUUUGCGCUCAAGCUUGAGUCUCUGAAGGUUCUACUCGGCUUACAACACCUUAAUUCCGCAAGCAUUACUCUUCUAGACUUAACCUAGCAUCGUUUUCUUUUCGAGAUACUGCAAAAGUGCGCUGCUACAAUGUCGGGCAUUCAACCUGUGGCGCUCUACGCCAUGAAAGUCCCUCCAGGCGACAUCAUGGUCCCCGCUGUUCCUGAGUUUGCUGCCAUGUUUCGUCUGACCAUGGCCGCCAUUGAUCCCAGCGCUGAGCCUGAACUCGAAGAUCCCGACGACAAGCGCCCUCCUCGAGCCACCCUCAAACUGAUCCGAGUUCCAGAUGGCAUGCUCGAUGAGGAUGACGAUGAUGAAGAUGAUGAGGACUACCUUGCUGGUCUGAUCGACGACGAAGAGGACGAUGAAGACGACGACGAAGAUGAGGACGACGAGGAAGUGAAUGGCGGGCCGAGCGAGAAGAAGUCCAAAGCCAGCGCAGCUGAUGAGGAUGAAGAUGAUGAAGACAUGGAAGACGAGGAUAAUGACGAGGAUGAGGAUGAGGAUGCGGCGGCCAUCGCAAGGUUGUCCAAGCUCAUGAAAAGCGCCAAGGGGAAAGGGAAAGCUAAGGCCCUGGAUGGAGAGGACGAUGCCGACGAUGAAGAAGAUGAAGACGACGAGGCUCUUGAGAUGGAUGAGGUUGUAGUCUGCACUCUCGAUCCCGAAAAGAACUACCAACAAACGUUGGACUUCGUUGUGGGUGAAGGCGAGAAGAUCUUCUUCAAGGUCUCCGGGGCAUACACGGUCAAUCUUACUGGAAACUAUGUCAUUCCUCAAGACGAUGGCUCGGCCUCUCUCUACGAUGAAGACGAUGAGGAGGAAGGUUACGACCUGUCGCCCGACGAGGACGAGCUCGACGCCCUCCAGGACGCCGAUGAAGAUUCUGACGCUCUUGACGACCUCGAAGACCCUCGCAUCACGGAAAUCGAUGAGGAGGACGAAUUCGACGCUAUCAGGGCCAUCAAGCUGGCUGGGAAAGGCAAGAACAAACGUCCUGCCGAAGAUGACGAAGACGAGGAGGAAGAGGACAACCUUGAUGACAUUGUUGCCAAGUCGCUCAAGAAGGACGAAUCCAAGGCAGCAGGAUCAACCUCAGCACCGGAGAAACUCAGCAAAGCCGAGAAAAAGCGUCUCAAGAAACUCAAGAAGAACGAUGGCGAAGCUGUCGCAGUCGAAGCCCCCACAACCGAAGUCAAGAAGGAAGCAGCGCAGGCCAAUGGCAGCUCUGAGAAGAAAGUUCAAUUCGCCAAGAACCUGGAACAGGGGCCAACUCCAUCCGCCACGCCUCCUUCGUCGGCCAAGGCCGACAGCAAGGACAAGUCAGGCACGGGCUCCGCGUCUUUGGGCGUGAAGGAGGUUCAAGGUGUUACCAUCGACGACCGCAAGAUCGGCAGCGGCCCUGCGGCAAAGAAGGGCGCUCGUCUGGAGAUGCGCUACAUUGGCAAACUCGACAAUGGCAAGAUCUUUGACAGCAACAAGUCUGGCAAGCCGUUCAGCUUCAAGCUCGGCGCUGGUGAAGUGAUUAAGGGAUGGGACAUUGGCCUUCAGGGGAUCCAGGUCGGCGGCGAACGAAGAUUGAUCAUCCCCGCGCACCUGGCAUAUGGAAACAAGGCCCUGCCCGGGAUACCCAAAAACAGCAAGUUGACGUUCGACAUCAAGUGCUUGGCUGUGAAAUGAGGGUUGGGCAGCGACAAAGAAGAUUGUGCAUGCGAAGGGUUGAAUGGAUAGCGAGCUGGUCGCCAUAAGCCAGCAGUCGUGCCCCGUGAGCAGAACGUUGCGAGCUUACUUCCUCCAAAAGUCGUGAGUGUUUUCGGAUCGUGGCAGGCGUUCUAAGGGAUGGGGAUGGAAAGGGAACAUCGAGGAGAUUCAGGUCUUCCAAAAGGGAGAUCAAGAGCUAGCGGUCACGCAGCUUGAAGCAUCUCCUUGCUUGUACGUUUAACAACCCACAUAAUAACACAUGAUAGAAAGGGGACGCAUGCAUUGCUAGCAGACCGCGAAGGGCUGAUCCCAAAAUCGAUCGAUCGAUCAAUCAAUGAAAAAGGGUUUCAUACCACCAAUGCAAGUCGUAGUUAUCAAUGCGAUCCUCGCUUUCGAGAAGAAGAAAAGAAAUGAAAAGAGACGACAUAGGGCGGAAAAGUGGGC